UUUCAUUUCAAUCUAUUUUUAAUUCAUUUUACCGAUGAAUCAGUUUGAAUUACUUUGAUAUAUUGAUCGAAAUUUUGUGAUAUAACGAUGAGUAAGCGUACUACAAGUUCAUUUAUCAAUUCCUGUGAGAGAAUUAGACCCGAAAGAUCACGAAAUCCGUGUAUUAGAAGACUGGUGUGGUCAGAAAACGGAUAUAAUACUCGAUAUCCCGGCUAUGAUGCCAAUUUUAUUGAGGAUGUGGAAGUGAUGAAUCCUAGAACUGCUUUAAGAAGAUUAUUGAGGUUAUACGAAGGCAGACAGUAUCGAGAGGCAGCAAGUUUCGUUUCAAAAUUACCCCGUUGCACUUUAGGAGCAACCUUACCCGACAUUCCAGUUGACCUAGUGAUCGAAACUCUUCCUCGAAGUCUGGCAUUGUUAGAAUCCUUAUACAGCAGACUACCGGAACUGGAUAAUGUCAAGCCCGAGGAAUUAGCAAGACUUCUGAGGGUAGAGCAACUGCUCUGGAAAGUCGUUCAUUUAAUUUCCCUAGGACAGGACCAACAUCGAGUACGAAUUUGGAGUAAAUUACUCUUGGCAAUUUCAAGAGUAUCACCAAACAUUCGCAAGCUUUUGAUUGCUCGAAAAAAAGCUCUGGAUGAUACAAUAGAAGGUCUUGGGAAACAUGGAUUAAUUCCUUGCAGUAUUAAAUAUGAAGAUAAACGUGUGGGACAACCAACGGAAUCCCAACUUCUUCCUUUAUCAGCGAAAUUGAAAGAAGAAUUGGAAGCAAGAAUAGACGCAUAUAAACUCGCUCUUCAUAAAAUUGAAAAUCUUGGCAAGGAUGCGGUGAGGAGGUCGAAAGGUGAUCCCCAUGGACUGCGAUCUGCUUCACAUCAACGUCUACUUUCCUUAAAAUACAGUGAAGUUCAACAACGUCUUAUUGAUAAUCAGAGUCUACUUAAUACUCUUGAAAAAGCCAGUGGAAGAAACCUAGAAGAGCUAUCGAACGAGCUAGCACGUAGAGUGGAACAGGACAAAGAAGCUUUAAGACAGUGGAUGUCCUUACGAAAAUCCUCUGGAGAAAAAGACCGGGGUGACACCAAAGAGCAACCAGCACUAGCUACUCGUCUUUUACAAUUCUCUAGAGCUUGUGGACUUGCUUUAGAGCUCAUGAAUAACCCAAGUGUAGAACCAAGGUCUAGCUGGUGUGGUGAAUUUUUCUCGACAUUGAUUGAAGAUGAGCGGUUUGAUGUAGCCGCAGCUGAGUCCAGUAGUGCGGGUUAUCAUACUGAUGACAGCUGCAGUCCCGAGCCAAUUAGUUAUCUUUCUAGUCUGCCUGUUUCUGAAGUUUAUAAGAAGAAGGAUGAUGUGGGUUUUAGUUCGACUUUUUUUGAACUAACUACUCAACAGUUGACUGAGAAAUAUGUUGGAUUAUAUGCUCAAGCACAUCUUCAUACGCUUGAUGCUCUAGAUGCACUGGAAACUCUGAAAGACGCUACGGAUUUGAAAUCAAAGAUCCUUUUUUCGGUAUUGGUGUUAUCAUGGAGAAUAGCAGACAGCAUCCAAACAGCUCGGAAACAUGAAGCAGCGGAUAUCCUGUCGGGUCCAGAUGACCCUGACGAUCCAAAUCGACGGCAGUUGUCCGAUGAAAUCGAGGUCUGCAUGAGACGACAAUUGGCAACAUCCGGAUUCGAGAGUGGUACUCGACAAGUGGCACUUCGUAUCAUGGAUCAGUUAAAAAAUACUCUAUAUGAUUAUCCAUGUCUUGAAACUUGUGAAGAACUUCAAAGUUAUGCUUUAUCUUGUGCACGUCUAGCUUGGGCUUGUUUAGCAAGAGAAACCCCACUAGUUCUUGAUACCAUUGAACCACGCCAGAGAUUUGCGCCUGUUGAGUUUAGGCGAGAGUUUCACGCUCGACAUCAUUCAUCACCUAAUUCUCAGGGCAAGAGAAUUGUCGGUGUAGUUUGGCCUGGUCUUAGACAAGCAAACUUACAAGGAACUUGUCUCUACAGAGCAGUAGUCCUUACUGCUUAAAGUUUUCUCCAAGUUUAGAAAAGUUUUGACUCGAAGAUUAUUACCUAU